GUCAUUAGCACUACUUGGUCUCGCUCUGCUUCUAGGUUAGACGAAUUGUGCAUUCAGAGAUCGAUCAUUUGAGCACUGAGUCUAUGAUCUGAAGAGGAUCCGUCUGUUGACAGGCCAAGCCUCCUACAUUGAGACGGAAGUGCAUGAUUAUUUCUGGAGUUCAGCUGUUUCUGAGAUCCUGGAAGUACGACGUUUGGCACCACGGUCAAGGUCACGACCAAUCGCCCGUGUAACCGUAAUGUUUGGUCAAAUAACUAAACCUUUUGACCAUGUCUGCACGAUUUAUAAAUAGAGUUGGGGCGACAUCGUUGUUUGGCUGUAACCGUGAUACCGCAAUAAUGUGUGUUGCUACGUCAGCUCCCUAUCGAGAAAAGAGGAAGAGCCAUACGUGUUCAUGUAUAGAAGACCUGUGAAUGAGAGUUGCAACUCUCCGGUGGGGAUAGUCAAAAUAAGUGAUUCAUUUGCAAGAUUUCGAUAUGUUUUGUCGCUAAAAGGAUGCGUCUUUGUUCGGGACGGUGCUGUGCUUCUGUUUGAUGUGGAGACAUUAUCAUAUUUAAGAUUAGGCUACUUUGGUAACCGACUAACAACAAGCGACUCAAUAUGGGGCAUGAGGUUUUUGUUUAUUGGCCCAAUAUCCUUGGAUAUAUCCGUCUUGUACUUAUCUUUACUGCUUGGAAUGCCUUCAACAAUCCAGCUGUGUUCUUCACCUCCUAUUCGAUCUCAGUCAUUCUAGAUGGGCUGGAUGGCUGGACGGCUCGCCGGUUCAGUCAGACUUCCAGGUUCGGGGCCUGGCUGGACGUGGUGGUGGACAACCUUGGGAGGAGUAUGGUGUGGGGCCAGCUCUAUGAGUGGGGCUGGCUGGUGUCUUCAGUGGAGUGGUGUGUGUUUGUGUGUAACCAUAAAGCCCAUGGCGCCCAAUGGAAGAACAGCUUCACAAACAGUCCUCAGUGGGUAAAGACCAUCAUGGCUAAAGGGUUUCAGACACCUUUGGGGACGUGGGUGAUUUGUGGUUUACACGGCCUACCACUUUGGCUGUAUGGGUACCAGCAGGGGGUGCUCACCCAGGCUCUCUGUGCCCCCCUCUGGCUGCAGACAUUGGGCACUCUGGUCCUGGCUGCAGGAAGGCUUCUGGGCCUCUCAGUAGAGAUAUGGUGCAUAUGGGCUCACAUCAAACACCUGACCAAUGAAGAGUUGAAGAGCUAGUGAAAACAAACUACUGAAUGACGGCAGGGACUGCACGGCAGUAUCUACUCAGUGGUUAUUUCCCCAGUGGUCAUAUUAACUGACAUACUUGUCUUUUGUUCUGUGUACAAACACGCCAACAACAACCGCU